AUUCAGGACAGAGCAUUUCUCACAUCCGUAGGGGUAUAACUAUUACCUUUUGUUACUGUGACUUUUAUCAUCCCUUUUUAUCAUGAAUGCAACGAUGGAAGCUCUUUUUGUAGGUGCCAAGAAAUCGAUACAGACAUGGAGUACUACGGCGCUGAAAUCUCCCUGGGUUUGACACAAGCUGCUGCAAGGGAUUAUUGAAGAACAUGCUGAUGCAGCAAAGCCAGUGCCGGUAUGCGAGGACUGCUCUUUGAGGUUGUGUUUUUUAUUUUUUCUUCGCACAACUGGACAUUCAGCAUUCUUUGUGUGCUACUGACAUUUUUUAAAGGACAUUUGAACUACACUUGACAGAAUGAGUGGUUUUGUUUUACUAUCACUCCUUCACAGAUGACAAAUUUUAACAAGGAAGUGACGUGCGGUUAGAUGUGCUUUACUAAUGGCUAUCAUUAUGAAAGGGUGAGCUGUCUUAAUGGAGUGUGGUCAUUGCCUGCGAUUCCCCUGACACAGUGUGUACAUCCCACACUCAACAUGCUCAACAUUAACAGGCUAUUAGAUGAAUGAUUUAGGUGACUUUAAUUGGGAACGCAUGGAAAUGGCAGGGCAGCAUGUAAACAGCAGCAUGCUCAGCCAAAGGAACAGGGAAGAGGAGGCUGUAAUUAAGGUUCUAGUGCCCAUUCUGGAUGGAAUGAUCUUAGUGACUGGCCUGGUGGGCCAAAUCCUGGUCAUCACAAUCCUAACAGGCAGGAGGAGGCGAGACGGUCACCCCCCACAUGGUACUGACACCCUCCUGCUGGCUCUGAGUGCAACUGAUUUGCUGUUGCUGCUAUGCCUUCCCUUCCACACGUCAGCCAUCACGUUGGGAUUCUGGCCUUUUGGUAGCUUCCUGUGCAAAGCAGUCAGCUUCCUGGGCGUGGCCUGCUCAUCUGCAUCUGUCUUUACCUUGGCGGCACUGGCUGUAACUCGUUACCUCACAGUAGUCCACCCUACCUGGGCGUACCGCUCGAGAAUGCACAAACGCGUGAAAGUGACAGUAGCGCUUCUCUGGCUUCCUGCCUCAGCAUUGGCAGCGCCACAGUUUGCCUUCCGCACAGUAACAACAUCCAGAGCUGUGUUUUGCUUUGCCUUUCUCUCAGGCUUCAGUCAACUUGUCUACAGCAUCAGCCUCUUCCUCUUUGGCUUCGUCCUACCUCUGGGAAUCAUCGUGCUGAUGUACACAAAGAUCUACUGCUUUCUCCAACAUGCACGGCUGCUUGGGAAUGCCCCUCAGCUGGAGCACUACCAGAGCCAGGUCACUCACACUUCAGCUCUCUUAGUCCUGGUCUUCACUCUCCUUUGGCUGCCAUCCUACGCGCUCAUGUUCUCCUUCAUCGGAGGAACCAUUCAAGGCUCACAGGGCUACAAUACCAUUGCCAUCUUGUCCAGAUUGUUAGCAUCCUCAGUAGCGGUGGUAAACCCUGUGCUGUAUGGCUUUAUGUCUCAGAAGUUUAGAAGAGAGCUGCUGGAGCUUGGGAGAGAGCGGUGGAACUUCUGCAAAAACUCUCUGACUGGUUGUCCUCACAUGAUGAUGGGCGGAGACAUGGUAGAGAGCAUUGAGCUGGACACAAGCUCAGAAACUUAAACUGAUCCCUCAAUACACUACCUUAUUCAAAUCUGGAUGCAUACACUACACACAACACAAACAAUGUACAGAAAAGAUCACUAAUAUUAAUGUGUUUCAGUUAUGAAUAGAAAUGCUGUCUUUAUAAUCGACUACAAACAAUGAAACCGCUGUAACCUCAACUAGAUAACAAAAUUAAACAAGCUCAAGCGUAGUUUAGAAGGGGGGAAAUUUUUACCAAACUUUUCACGGUCUUCAAACUCAUGGUCUUGAUGUAAC